GGAUCCAAUUUUUCUCUCACUAAAGUUCACUCUUGAGAUAGAGUAAGAAAUAUAAUUCGGACUGAGGAGAUUUACCCGGUCUAGGUUAUACUUUGUGUUCUUGUUGUGUGUUUUAUAUUACGAGUCGAGUGUGUCCAGUUCAAACCCGGUUAACCCACCCCGCUAUAUUUACACCAUCAUUUUUGGCGCCAUCCGUGGGACAAGAAUUUUAAAGUUUUUUCGACCAGGUCAAAACUUUACCCCCACUAAAUAUCCACAAUCAUGUCUUCGAGCAACUACAACGCUGUGUCAAGUCAGGCUGCGAGUGAAAGCACUCCUGCCAUCCCAUUGAUGAUGUCGAGCAUGGGGACGACCUUUGCUCCGAUCACCACUGUAGGAUCGAUUGGCAUGAUCCCAAUCAUGUCAACCCCUACUCCUACGCCGACGACAACAAUGUUCCCAGGCUCGAUAACAACGCCUGGUGGAGCAUUCACACCGUACCCGUCAGCUUGGGCUCAGUUUGCUGCUGACCCGGCAAAUGCUCAGGCUCUACAGGGCUAUCAACAGGUGAUGGCUAUGAUGCAACAGGCAGGGGGCUUCAUGCCAUUUGCCUAUCCCGGCAUGACGCCACCAAUUAUGCCACCUCCGGUGUUGACCCCGACAGUGACCAAACAAAUGAGAUUUGUUGUGGUCGACAUCAAGUGUGUGCAUAAUGCCAUUCUGGGUAGGCCUGGGAUCAACCAGGUCAGGGCUAUUAUUUCCAUGGCACACUUAUGCAUGAAGUUUUACACUCCCAAUGGAAUCGGGGAGGAAAGGGGUGAUCAAAAGAACGCCCGGUCCUGCUACCUGGAAGCAGUCAAGAAGAUGACCCGCCAGUUCGAACAAAUUGAAUUGAUCUCCCAGCAGGUAGACAAGGGUGAGGAGAAGGCUAGGAUCGAGCCGGAUGCGAACACGGAGGAGAUCCAGAUUGAUGCCUCCAAUCCAGAGAGGAAGGUCAAAAUUGGGGCUGACCUUCAGGAAGAGCUAAGGACUGAGAUUGUCCAGGUGUUGACCAGCAAAGUCAAAGAUGGAAAACUUGAACAAGUGAUUGAUGAAACUGCUGACGUUGAAAUCCCGCUUGAAUUCAUGAUGCUUGACACAACAAUGCCUUCCUCCACCACCACCGCCGCCGCAACAACGGCGGAUCACGGCGAAGGGACGACCAUCUCCGCCCUCCACCCGGAGAUAAUUCGAACCCACUUAUUAACCAGACUCGACGGCCCGACUCUCGCCUCUGCCGGCGCCGCCUUUACAGAACUUCACGCCCUCUGUUCCGAAGAGAAUCUCUGGCGCCGACUCUGCCACUCCUCUUGGCCGUCGACCGCCGACCCGAUCGCCCGCCACGCCAUCUCCGCCUUCCCUUCCGGCCACCGCUCUUUCUUUUCCGACUCUUUCCCCACCAUCCAUCACCGCGGAGACUCUCUCCCCUCCCACCGUCCACCGGCGACAGAGCUCAUAUCCGCCGUGGACAUAUUCUACGGCGAAAAAUCGAUAUACUCAAAAGCCGUAGUCUCCGAAACCGUGUCCAAUUGGUUCUCGUCUUCCCCUUUCAGACUUGAGCUUCCCAACACAAAAGGGACGCCGAGAACUUUCCCCUGUGCGGCCGGGCAAGAAAAACUGACCCUGAGCUGGAUCCUGAUCGACCCGUCGGAGAAACGCUCCGUCAACGUAUCCAGCCUGAAACCCGUCGGAUUCCGGCAAAACUGCUUCACCGGAGACAUCGAGAUAAGGUUCGCCACGGUCUUGGAGGGAGGGGGCGGGGACUGGGUGCAGUUCAGCGUGGUGGUCACGUGCGAGGGGAAGGAGGGAGGGGAGGCGCACGUGCGGGAGGCGAGCAUGCAGGUGGAGGACAUGGAGGGGAAGAGCGUGAACGGGAAGGAGAGUUUGGUAACUAGAAUCAAGAUGAACUUGGAGCCAAUCUUGGAUGGUGAUGAGGACAAAGAGAUGUGCGUGGAAGCAAUUGAAUAUUUGAAUUGUUAUUUAUCAUUUAAAUACUCACUACUUUUAUGGGCUUGAAUCCCAAGUUUGUUCUGAAUAAUGACUUAAAAUUACAUAUUGUUUUUAAUUACUCUGAUGAAUGUUUGAAAUUAUAUUUUAAAGUAUUAGUUUUAAAUUGUUUUAAACACGAAUUGUGUUUGGAUACCAAUUUAGUGGCAACCCGGUUUGUUAGCUAAUGUAUUUGGGUUAUGCAGGUUGGAGUAUUACAGAUGGAAUGAAUUUGGACUUCAUUU